UCCAUUUUUUUGGCUAUCUAGGGUUCUUCGUUGGAGCGCUCGGCGGUUCUUCUUCGCGAGUGCUGUUGGAGCCAUGGCGAAGACGGAGGAGACGACGAAGGCCGAGACAGCCGCGGUGGAGAAGAAGAACGAGCCGGAGAUGAUGCGCUACGAGGACUAUCGCGGCAAUGUGCAAGUGUUUCCCAAGCCUCCGGAGCCAAACAUUGUGGAUUUAAUCGACCAGGAGACGUGGGGGACGGACGAGGAGGAAAUUCUUCCCGAGGAAGAGGAGGAGUCGGAGGAGGAAGUGGAAUUUCGAUUCGUUCCUCCGCCUAGGCGUCGAGCCCCGCAGCUGGAAGAGCCAAAGGAGCCUGACGAGGAUUCGGAAAAAAAGAAGCUGAGAGAGCAGGAGAUUAUGGAGCUGUCACGGGAACAAGAUCGUCGUAUUGCCGAGGAACGCCAGCGGAAAAAGCUCGAGAGAGUGAAGAAGAAGGAGGAGAUUAUCAAGGACAGGCUCAAGAACGAGUAUGAGGCGACAUGGAACUUCCCGGUGGAUUUGGAAGGGUGGACGGAAGAGGACCUUGGAGAAGAAUGGGUGGAUCCUCCUCUCGAUGCCACUGGCAGUGGAUAUGAUCCAAUGUUUGCGCCACCUCCUCCCGACGAAGAUCUGGACAAAGUUAUCGCUCAGCAAACGAAGAGAAGCCGCAAGCAGAAGAAGGAGUUUAAGAAGUAUAUGGACAAACAGGAAGAAGCUAAAACGCCGCUGACCGAGGAUGGAUAUCCAGCACGGCCAUACUACGUGCCUUAUCGCCUGCCUUAUCCUUCCAUACCAAAGAUCCAUGCCGAGGUUGAGAAUGCGUUUGAUGUGGUGGAAGAGCUGGAAAAGAUCGAGGAGUUCUUACGUGUGGGGGAGUUAUAUCUUCCUGAUGGAUCGAGCUACGAAGGAACCAUUUGGGACGACCUUGCUCAUGGAAAGGGAGUCUACACAUCCAUGUUUGAGGACGUACAAUAUGAAGGUAUGUGGCGGCGAAACAUGAUGGAAGGACACGGGGUGCUUCAUGUUCAUAUUCCAGUAUAUCAGCCGCCGCCGGACUCCAAGCUCGAGAAAGAAAUGAGAGAUCAAGGCUGGAUUAUCAAAGCUGACUACAUGCCUCCGGAAGAACGUGAAUGGCUAAAGAAGGACAUUGAAGAUACACUGGAGAAGCCGAACGUAACCAUGAAAGAGUCCGAGUUGUAUGAAAACGAUCCAUACUGGAUUGAGCUGUAUGGAGAAUUGCCAGAAAAGGGUCGAUAUAAAUAUUCUGGACAGUGGAAGCAUAAUCGUAUGCACGGAUGUGGCGUGCUUGAUGUGAACACGCGCCUGAUUUACGGAAAGUUCUAUUUUGGAGAGCUCUUAGGAGAUCCCGGCGAAUGUACUUUGGAGGCUUGCGCUAUCCACUCUGGUUUAGCCCAAGUGGCUGCAGCCAAAGCGAAGAUGUUCACUAAAAAACCGGAUGGAAUGGUGCGGGAGAUGGACGGUCCUUUCAAUGAUCCUCAGCAUCCUUACUUUUACGAAGAUGAAGAUGUUUGGAUGGCUCCAGGCUGGGUCAAUGCCUAUUACGAGGUUCCCGAUCCAUGGAAGAUUUACGUUGAGGAGGUGGAUAAAGAACAGCAAAUGUGGCUUAACUCGUUCAUCAAAUCACCGCUAAGAAUACCAAUGCCUGCCGAGCUGGAAUACAUGUGGGAAAAUGGUGACGAGUUUAUAGUGUUAACCAACGAGCCUUCCUCUUACGGAUGGCUUGACGAGGAGAACGUGCUGAAGUCUCAUCCAAAUUUCGAGGGAGAAAUCCUCUAUCAUGUUCCGACCGGUCGACUGAUCAACUGGAUCUACGAUAAAGAUGGAAACAUAAAGUUCUUCUGGCAGCCAUACAAAGAAGACGGAUCUAUAAAGCCGGAGGAAGCUGUGUUUCUACCUGAUGGUUGGGACGAGUUUUUCUCGGACGAGCCAAUGGAGGAUCCAGAUGGACUGAAGGAUCCACAAGAUCUGACGCGAGAGGAGAGGCUGAAAAAGUACAAGGAAGAAGACGAGCAGAUGGAACGGGAAUGGCAAAAGGAGAAAGAAGAAAUGGAGCGGAGGUGGCGUGAGGAGGACGAGGAACGGAAAGAGGAAAUGAAGCUGAGAGCUGAAAUUGAAGAUGAGGCAAUUGAAGAGGAGCUGCGACAGCUGGACGAGAUUGAACAGGCGAUGGACGAAGCAGACAGAUUGCGCAAAGAAGCUAAAAAGAAGGGACCCGAGAAGAUGGAAAAGCCGGAACAGCCAACGGAGAAAACUGUGGUAGAGGAAGAUGAGGAGGAAGAAGAAGAGCCUUCAACUCUUGACAAAGCGGUGGAACAGGAUGAGGUUGAGCCUGAAGAGGACACCAAGAGAAGUUUUGGAAAAACAGCUGACGACGAAGACGAACCUCGAAGCUUCGGUAAAGUGGAUGAAGAUGAAGAUGGCGAAGAAGAGGGAGAAGAGGAUAAGAAACCUCGCGGUUUUGGUAAGGUGGCGAUGCUAGAAGAGGACAGCAACAGGCCGGACGAGAAAAUCUCGGAUAGAACCUCAAAGUCAGCGUUUCCUACGGCAUUUGCGGCGAUCACAAUAUCACCAUGGCUCCGAGCUUUUACUUUCCCGAUGCUCAGGAGGCAUCAACAGCAGAAACAAGCCUCAGGUGGUGGAGAGAAGACGAAGAACUUCCCAAGCCAGCCUUCUUCGGACCUGUCUUUUCCAGAGCGCAUGGAACCCGUGAAGAUACCUUGUGCCACGAAAAAGUCCUUCGUCACGCUUAGAACGACGAGGAGUUGCAAUAGCUCAGUAGUUCUUCUCGAGAGGCGGAAGAACACGACUCUGCAAAACCAACGCUCGAGAAAGAGUUACUCGUGGAAGAUCUCCGAGCAGGACGUUUUCUCGAUCGCGAUUCCAGUCUAGUGGCAGUGGAAGAAAUGGAAACAGGAAACAGGAGAUGAACAGGAAUACAGGAGCAGGCAAACCAUUGGAGGGGUCAGCCACGUCGACUAACUGUCCGUUUUCACAUGAAUGCGGGCGAUUCUUAGGGUCAUGGGGAGGAGUGAUCCUCUGGACGAGCCGCCAGAAAAGCAACCCGAGGCCGGUUCCAGUCAAGUUGAUCGAGUUUCACAGUCGCCGCCGCAAUCGCCACCCACGUCGACGAGCUACAACUUGUUCAAGACAAGGUCGUCCAAGAGCCUAGAGAAGCAAAUCCCGUGGCUCUCCAAGCAGAACGGCGAUGCGCCUCCACCAAAGUUUGAGACCGACGAGGAGCUCCCGGCGGGGAGGUUCUUCGAUGCGUUGCAGGGCCCCGAGCUCGAAGUUCUCAAGGAUUCCGAGGAUUUGCUGUUGCCACUGGAUCAAAAGUGGCCUUUUCUACUUCGCGUACCAGCCAAUGUAUUCGGAGUAAGCAUCGGACUCUCAGCGCAGUCUCUUCUCUGGGCCGAGAUCCACGACGCAUCAUCGCUGAGCUACUUGAAACACGUCCCCAACGGAGUGCUUUUCGCGCUGUGGUCGAUCGGGGUGUUCGUCCACACCGUCAUCUUCUCGGCCUACGCAUUGAAGUGCGUCUUCUACUUCGAAGCCGUGCGCCGGGAGUUUCAUCAUCCAGUGAGAGUCAACUAUUUCUUCGCUCCCU